AGGAUCGCGACGAAUUUUCAGAUUCAAAUUGAAUCUCGGCCUCGAACUUGCGAUCGGUCGCUGGCGCUCGCGUUGCCGCUCUCUUCGUUCUUAACGUUGUCUGUUUCGACUCGACUCGACUCGACAGAUCUUUAACUGUCACAAGUAUACACUGCAAUAACGCCAUUCACCACCAACUAUUAGGAGUUCGGAAGUUUUUGUUGUUUGCUUUUAGACGAUAAAUAAGAUUCGCUCGCUCUCUGCAUGGGAGGGAUUAAUUCACGGAAUAUGGAAAUCGGAUACGAUCCCGGGCUGGUUGACAUUUUGCAUUAUUUGAUACGCAGCCGCCAGCUACAUCAGAUCAUAUCUUCGAAUCACGAUGACUCGGACGAAGAAUAUGCCGCGAAUUCGCAACCACCGAAAAUCACUUUGUCACCAAACACAUCCAGGCUAGACAAAAGCGAAAUAAGUCUUGUCACGAAGCAAGCUUGCGGAUACUUGGAUAGCAUGGAUAAACCUUGUAACAUAACGUCGAUGAUUCAGAGAAGAGCCCUGGGUCCUAAUUUUAGCACAGGUGAAAGGUGCGGAAUAACCAAUAGAUUUUUACCAAAUAAAAUGCAUCAGGUCGCUAAAUAUAGAACCAAAGCUUUUUGCGGCUCUUUUUCGAAGGAUGGAAGAUUUCUCUUAACUGCCAGUCAAGACAAAUAUUUACGUCUUUAUCGGACGCAAGAUGGAGGUUUCGCAGAAGUUAAGAAGAUCUCGGCGCGAGAUAUGGGUUGGAGCAUCUUGGACACAGCGUUUAGUCCUGACGGGAAUUAUAUUGUUUACUCGAGUUGGUCGGAAUCUCUGUAUCUCUGCCCCGUUUACGGAGACUCGAGUGCUCAAGAAUCGUUGUCGUUGUGUCCGGACGAUCGAAGAUUUUGCGUGUUCUCGCUUGUAUUUUCCAGUGACGGUCGUGAAAUUUUAGGCGGAGCGAACGAUGGUUACCUCUACGUUUACGAUCGAGAAUGCCAUCAGCGGGCGUUCAAAAUCGCAGGCCACAACAACGACGUGAACGCUGUUGCUUUUGCAGAUAAUACCUCACAGAUUUUGUACAGUGCGGGGGACGACGGUCUUUGCAAGGUUUGGGAUAGAAGAACUUUGAACGAAACUGGACCGCGUCCAGUCGGAAUAUUGGCAGGCCAUAUGGACGGUAUCACGUACAUCGACCCGCGAGGCGAUGGCCGUUACUUAAUCACCAACAGUAAAGAUCAAACGAUCAAAUUGUGGGACGUUCGCGCGUUUUCCGAUCACAACGGUGAAGAGAAUACGCGUAAAGCCGUUGCGAAUCAAAAUUGGGAUUAUCGGUGGCAACGAGUACCAAAACUGUACAGGGCCAGAAACAUGCUGGAAGGCGAUACCAGUGUCAUGACUUACCGCGGUCAUUCGGUUCUUCAAACCUUGAUAAGAUGUCAUUUUUCGCCUUCGUCCACUACCGGUCAAAGGUAUAUAUACACCGGAUGCGCCGCCGGUCGCGUGAUAAUAUACGAUGUUCUGACGGGUAGGAUAGUCACUACUCUGUUCGGUCACAAAAGAUGCGUACGCGAUGUUAGUUGGCAUCCGUUUCAUCCAGAGAUCGUUUCGACGUCUUGGGAUGGUGCGAUCCUCAGCUGGCGAUACGCUGGAAGCACGGCGCUAGAUAUUUCCGAUUCCGAAGAAGAAAUGGACGCUGAAUCGCAACCGCGAACUUUGAGACGAAGUCAACGAAUUGCUGAGCGAAGAGCCAAGCACGCAGCAGCGUGUUGAGUCGCGAGAGUUAAGACGAUCGGGAGAGGAGAGAUUACGUUGCGCAGUUCUUGGUAAUUCUUGCGCCGUUUCGUUCCGGCAAUGGAGAAAAGACGCUACAUGGACAUGGACAUUCAUUAAUAUAAUUAAAGCUCGUGCUCGCGGUGAACCGUUGUUGUUGAACCUUGCCGAUCAGGCUACGGCCACGGCGUUAACUUUUUCUUAGACAAGACUGAGUUAUCAUCGAACGUACCUCCGCAAGCCCGUCGAGGCGUGCGGGAUACGUACGUAGCACGUCGCCGUUAAAACCGAACGUCUAUGAAUGAGAGAGAAGGAGAGAGCACCCCAACGACGGCGCCACCGCGAUCAUAUCGACGUUGCGUAACUUGUUCUCGUGGAACGUAAUAUCUUUUUAUUCCAUACCUUAUCGUUUCUUAGUUCUCCUUUCGCGAAUAAACCCCGAAGAGAACGGGGUGCAUAAACGUUUUUUACGACUAACCGAAAAUCAAGGGCAGCGAUCGGCUAUACAUAUUGCGUAUAUUAUUGUAUAUCUCUAAUCUAUAUCAUGACCGAAUAGCGAGUUGUCUCUUUUUAUUAUAAUUGUGCGUUUGUCUCGGCGGAUGCGGUAAAAAGAUUUCGUUCGCGAAUCGGACAUUUUUUCUUGAAAAAUUUGAUUUGUUCCUAUUAAUUGUCUGCCUAUCUCCUCGUUCGUGUUUAUAAUUAUUCGUAGUGCAUCUUGCCCUUCUAUUCUUUCAAUUUUAUCGAAGAAAUUUUCGAUUCGCACAUCGUCUAACGUAACGACAGCGAUCAUGUAUAUUGUAUUUUAAGUAAGUUAUUAUCACCGAACGGUAUAUGAUACGUUGCGGUAUGUUUCUUUUGUCUUUCGUUUUUCGUUUUACGUCGAGAGAAGGCGUAAACAGAAAAUAGAAAGCGAGAACGGAAUUAUAUAUAAAGAGGGAAAAUCAGCGGUUUUUACUAAAUAGAAUUGUUCUUUUUUUUCAGACUGACCAAAACGUAAUAGGUGACUUGUUACUGUGUACAUUUUGCAGUAUACGUAUUUUAUUAGGUACGUUAAAUAUCGCUCACAGAUCUCCAAAAAUGUACAGAUAUACAUAUGUAACGUAUGCGAGUGCGAGAUCCUGUAAACAUAUACGAAUGCGUACAACCACGCACGUGUAUUGUACAUAUUUAUAUAUACGUACGUACGCGGCGAUGUUACAUUAUAAAAAUGUACACUAAUAAAUUACUAGAAAGUAA